UUCUACACUUUCUGAAAUCCAGGCUCUUUUCAGCUUCACACAGUCUGCACUGUUGUAAGUCCGGCCUAGAGUGAAAAUAAGUCGGUACAGAAUGCUACCACAGAUCCAUUUCAUCUUUAUUACUCAAUUUCUUGUACAAGUUGUAUUCUGUCAACGCAUUCAACUAUUUCUCUACAAUCGAAAAAACAACUGUAACAUCAGUCUUAUUGAAGAGAAUGAUAGAAUUCUAAUGAAUGGCAAAGUGGAUUUUAAUGGAAACAUUAUGGCAACAUCAGUUGUCAACUUUGAAAUCAAAAGAAAAACUGAAACGAGUUUUCAAUUUUUUUCUUUUUUGAAAGUUCCAGAAGACUGUGAUCAUGUCUUUAACUACUCAAACUGUUUAAAAACUGAUAACCCUAAAGUGUUUAAAUUGACUCUACAUAUAACUGCGUUUACUGUAAACAGCGAGGCUGAUGUAAGGACGGAAUUGGUUUACAGGGAGACAACUUUUUUUAGCGCAAUAAGAAAUUUGCCAAUUGUUUAUGGUAAGAAUAAAUUAGUAUAGUAAAAUUUAAAGGAAAAUUUAGUCCGGAUUUUUCGAACAUGAAUAGUGGCUAUUUUAUGGGAUUUUUAAAUAACUUAUUAGUAAACCAAAUUAUUAUAGAUUCAACUAUUUGUAAACGUGAAUAA